AUGGUCACCACAAGGUCUUCCACUGCCGACAACGAGGGCCCCGGAGGCUCGAUUCACGAACCAUCCGACCCUCGAGACCGUGCUGAGCAUAGUCUUCCUCCGAAAUCGUACGCCCAAGCUGCCGACCCGGAAAACAAUGCCCAAGAGUUCGGGGACAAAGGGGUGAAUGGCUCGGCUAGCAAUGGGAUCGGCAACGGGAUGGUGAAUGGUAACGUGGCAAAUACGAAGAAAGUAGACGAUGAAAAAGUCCUCUACCAGGAGCACAAGGGGCAAAACGGGGAGAGCUUGUUGACGAGCAUCAAACCAAGCGAGGAGUACGAGCAGAGUCUGCGUCACAGUGCAAAGACGGCGCCGCGGAAGGAAGUUGGUCCUGGCAAGCCAAAGAAGCGGCAGGAUACGACGAGUACCAGUACGCAACCAGCAGCAAAUCUCGCCAGUGGGCGGCAAGCAGGAGCGGGAUGGCAGACUUCUGCGAUACGCUGGGCGCCUCUGAAUGUACCGUUGCAACGACGUCUUCAGACCCUCGCGGUGCUGUGGCAUACCACCACAAUCCCUAUCUUCCUAUCCCUGUUCUUCCUCCUCUGCGCGAUUCCAUUGACUUGGCCACUCUUGAUCCCGUACCUCCUCUACAUUGUAGUAUUCAGCGAAGAGGCCACGAACGGGACACUCUCAAGACGCUCCAAUUGGCUGAGACGGAGCAAAUUCUGGUCCGCGUUUGCCAGUUACUUCCCGGCGAGACUGCACAGGACGGUGGAACUGGAGCCUACUCGGAAGUACAUAUUCGGGUAUCACCCUCACGGGAUCAUCUCGCACGGAGCGUUUGCCGCGUUUGCAACGGAAGCGUUGGGGUUCGGGGACUUGUUCCCAGGCAUCACAAAUACGCUGUUGACCCUGGACACCAACUUUCGAGUCCCUCUGUACAGAGACUACGCGCUUGCCAUGGGCCUGGCUAGCGUGAGCAGAGAAAGCAUUGAGAAUUUACUGAGUAAAGGCGGCCACAACGGCGAAGGCAUGGGUCGCGCCGUCACGAUUGUGAUUGGUGGUGCGAGAGAGAGCCUGGACGCGAAACCUCAUUCUCUCCGGCUGGUGUUGAAGAGCCGAAAGGGAUUUGUGAAGCUGGCCAUCAGGAUGGGCGCGGACCUUGUUCCCGUGUUGGCGUUUGGGGAAAACGAACUGUACGAACAGGUGGACAGCGUGGAGCACCCGUGGAUCCACAAGAUGCAGAUGGUGAUCAAGAAGGCCAUGGGAUUUACCGUGCCCUUGUUUCAUGCCAGGGGCAUUUUCAACUAUGAUGUUGGCCUUUUGCCGUAUCGGCGCAACGUGAAUGUGGUCGUGGGAAGACCUAUCAAGGUUGUGCAGCAGGGCGGUCGAGAUGGGAAGGUCGACGAGGCUUACCUUGAUCAGGUACAUCAGCAGUACACAGACGAGCUGUUGUGGCUGUGGAAUGAGUACAAGGAUACCUUCGCCAGAGAGAGAAAGGGUGAGUUGGAGAUUGUGGAAUAG